CACAUACAGCUCAGAUGAGGACCGUGCCACUGCUGGUUGGCCUCGUUAGGAAACUUAUCUGUAUCAUGGCCUGGUUUGGCACGAACAAACUUUACCCUGUGGUGGAGUGGUUAUGGCGCGGACUGUGUUUCUUAUGGCGCUGUAUGAGAGGGGUGUUUAGGCCACUACCCGGACUUAGAUUUUUAUCAUUACGCUGGCCGAAAGAUCGCGGAAGCCAAGAAGAGCCUGAAGCACAGGACGGAGAGAAACCUGUAGAGAGAGAUUGCCCACAGGAGGUCCAGGGGGCUCCUGGUGAGGGUCAACAUGAGGCUGCCGCCGCCAAGAGGGCCGCGCACACCGACAGAGAGCUCGCCAGCAAGCGGGCGAGGUUUGAGGAAGAGGGGGGUAAAUCUGACGAAGAUGAUGAUGAGUCUGACAACGAGGAUUACCAAGUUGAGACCUCAGAUGAGUUUUACUGUGGCUAUGAUUCAACCUGGGAGACCGAGGAGCAGCAGGAGCCGCAGAGGCAGCAGGAGGGCGCGUUCAGGAGGAGUGGGCGACGAGCGGCCUCCAGACAUUACAAGUUCAGCAGAUUUGAAAGUGCAGCAAAAGACAUGCAGAACUACAGGCAUGACUAUCCUUCACAGAUGAUACCACAACGCUGGAUAAAGCCAGUAUCGGAGGACAAGCCUAAUUUGAACUUCUACCUCGGAUUGCAGUGCUCUGUACCUGACGGUGCCUACAUACACGAUUUCCACAAUAACUGGUAUGGAGACUAUGACACACUGGAGUAUGUACACUCCUAUAUUCAGUGGUUGUUCCCCCUGCAGGAACCAGGGGUGAACUAUGAGGCCAGUACGCUGACCAAAGAGGAAAUAAAGGAGUUUCUUCAGAGCAGCACUGCAAAGGAAAACCUGCUGAAGUCAUACAAGCUCAUGUUGGACUUCUAUGGUAUUGAGUUGUGUGAUGAGAAAACAGGAGAAGUCCAGAGAGCACCAAACUGGAGAGAGAGAUUCCACAACCUCAACUGUCACACUCACAACAGUCUGCGCAUCACCCGCAUCCUGAAGUGCCAGGGGACACUGGGGUACCCUCACUACCAAGCCCCGCUGGUCCGCUUCUUCCUGCAGGAGACUCUGGUCCACAGAGAACUCCCAAACGUCAAGGAUAGUGUCCUCAACUACUUUAUGUUCGCUGUCCUCGAUAAGAGACAACGCAGGAAGCUCAUCAAGUUCGCCUACUUGAACUAUGACCAUAAAGAGGAGUUUGUAUGGUGCCCAAAGAAAGUUCAGAUGAGAUGGUCGGAGAAGUUGGCGCCACAAGGGGAAAUGUAUGCAGAGUUCGGUCUGAACAGUGAAGACAGAGCCAGAAACUAAAUGAAGCAUUGUGCCCCAAAUCUAUUCUAUAUACUAAUGUUCACUAUACUAUGCAUAGUACUACAUAAUCAUCAUAGAUCAGGAACAGGAAAUGAAAUGUGUGACAUUGGUUGUCAGUUGAACCACAAUUUUGAAUCACCGCCUAAACUUAACAAAUAGACAUCAAAAUGUUUUCACUAAAAUUUUGUACUUGUUUUCUUCAUUUUCUAAGAUUCAUUACGACUGUUUUAGCAUUAUUUAGUUUGUGUACAGCAGCUGCUUCAUUUUCUUUGUGCAUUGCGCUGUGGUAGAAUAGUGUGCAUCAACAGUACACUCAGAUAUCAACAGUAUUUAGUAUCCAUGCUGUCUGCUUUGAGUCUUACUUUGUUACUUUUCCAGUGUGAGCACACUCCAUACUAAAACCUGCUAACAAUGAGUGUGUAGUAUAGAUUUGGGACAUGCUGUGUACAGAUGUAAUAUCCAGCCUUAAAGAGAAUGUCACACAGGGUCAAAGGAGCAAAGAGAGUAGACGUGUGCAGUGAUGAGGAAUUAUUAUCCAGUGAUGUAGAGGAAGAUACACUCCAGAUACUGACUGAUCUUUCUCAGGAGUUCAUACAAUGGUUCACUGUGCUUUACAGCAUUGGUAUUUAUGCAGAUGCUUUUGUUUACUAAAUAAUUCACAGUUUGGUAUUAGACUUCUAUUUUUAUUUGCCUUAACAAACAGAAAGGUGCAAUUUUUUGAAGUGGGUUCAUGGGUUGUAAUCAGAAAAUGUACAGCUGUAAUGAAGUUGUGUGCAUGUUAUGGUGUUGACAAGGAGGACAAAUGAAUGAACUGCUCAUCAGUUUGACUGUGAUUAAUAAACUUGAGACUAUUGUCUCUUAUUGUCUAACAA